CGAGCCAUCAGAAAACCAAUGAAAGGCCACCAUAAGAUCAAUAUUCAAAGACAGCGGUUCUCCAUUCAGAUAUUAUUUUAUUCUUUCGGGUGUUUGGAAGUUCGUUGCAAAACUAUUCCAGAGCUAAAAUUUCAGGCGAAAAAUGGAAGAAAUCAUUGUAAGCAGUGAAGGCGAGAUGGAAUUACAAGUUCUAGAAUCAGAGAUAGCACGAUCAGCUGUAAAAUUGAACCGGAAAAGGAAGAUUACAGCCGACGGCGCUGGAAUCCCGGCGGCGGCGGCGGCGGCUCCGGUAGCCGGUAAUUCUUCUUCUCCUGAAGUUAUGUGGGGGAAUUUUCUGCCGAAAAUGGCUGUGAGAGUGCUGUUGGUGGAAGCUGAUGAUUCCACUAGGCAGAUUGUCGCCGCCCUACUCAGGAAAUGCAGCUACAAAGUUGCUGCGGUUUCCGACGGAUUAAAAGCAUGGGAGGUAUUGAAAGAGCGAUCCCACAAUAUUGACCUUAUCUUGACUGAAGUUGAAUUGCCUUCAAUCUCUGGAUAUGCUCUUCUCACCUUAAUCAUGGAGCACGACAUCUGCAAAAAUAUCCCAGUAAUAAUGAUGUCUUCACAAGAUUCAGUCAGUACAGUUUACAAAUGCAUGCUGAGAGGUGCAGCUGACUUUCUCGUCAAACCUUUAAGGAAAAACGAGUUGCGGAACUUGUGGCAGCAUGUCUGGAGAAGACAAGCUUCUAUUGGUGCUGGCCCUGGACCUCCGGAAGAGACUGGAGCUCAACAAAAACUCGAAGCCACGGCUGAGAAUAAUGAUAUUAGUAAUAAUUCGAGUCAUUAUAUGACAUGCAUUAAAAAAAAUAAGGAAUGUAUUGAGAAAGGAAGUGAUACUCAGAGCUCUUGCACAAGACCGGAGUUGGAUAAUAAAGGAGCAGAUACUGAAAAAGCUGUAGCUAAUGUAGAUGCUAACUGUGGAACAACACAAGGACAGGACAAGAAUUCCGAUGAUGUCAUUGGUCGAGAUUCCGAGAAGAAUAAUAGUCGUGAUGUACCUGAGAGUUCUUCUAGAGGGGGAGAGGCCAUUGACUUACUUGGAGCUUUUGAUAAUUACCUGAAGGGCAAUUUUGGAAAUACUGCCUCGAUUGAUGGUACGAACAAGUUUGACAAUACUCCCGUUUUGGAUUUGUCUUUGAGAAGAUCUCAUCCAAGUGGCUCUGUGAAUCAAGUAAACGAUGAAACACGUAGGUUAAAACAAUCCGAUGCAUCGGCCUUCUCUCGGUAUGUCAAUAAUGACAAGACAUUACAGCCCCAAAACGCCACGUCAGCGAGUACGUGUAAUCAGCAAAAAGACACCGAAACCAGUUCCAAGAAACAGCAAUCCAAUCAUAUUCUUGAUUAUAAUUACGACUUUCGACCGAUAGAUAUCAACCAAUCAGGAAUUCCCGAGACUACAUUUUCUUACACUCAGAAAAGAGAUGUAUCUCAACCGAUUCCAGUUAGAGGCGCAAGAUUCGAAAAUGUAAUAAACGGGUUCGGUUCUUUGAGGCCUCAAAUGUCCAGUCCAGCUGGCACAGCUAAUCACUCACAGUCUUUCGCUCAAUUGAAUCCUUUCUAUCCCUCGAGUUCUAAGCAAGUGUACAACCUUCUCGAUCAGAGUGGUAAUAGCAAUUUCGGUAGUGCCAUUGAUCAUACAGACGGCAAACAAGGUCAGAAAUCAGAGGACUUAGAGCGUGUUUCUCCUUCGAAUUAUCAGAGUGGUAAUAGCAAUUUCGGUAGUGGUAAUAGUUCCCUUGGCAAUGUCAACGAAGAAUGUUUCCAUGUUCAAGACGGGCCCGCUCAUCGAUCCAUGCUAAGAGAAGCUGCUCUCACAAAGUUCCGGAUGAAGAGGAAAGAUAGAUGCUUUGAGAAAAAGGUGCGAUACGAAAGCAGGAAACAGCUUGCUGAGCAGCGUCCACGAGUGAAAGGACAAUUUGUUCGCCAACUACCUAACGAUUCUCAAACAGAGACCUCAUUAGCUAGUUAGCUACCUCCCCACUUGAAAAUCCUCCUUGUGAAUUAAAUAUGUUUAACAAAUUUUGGCCGAGACCUGUAAGAAUUUAGAUACUUUUUUUGGCUGCCCCGAAAAGUGACUGAAAUAUAGAUAUGUCAUUGUUGUAUAUAAUAUUUUCUUUAAUUUGUUUCGGCAACAAUUUGUACAAGGAAGCUGCCGCUUUGUUUCUCUUGUCCAUGCCUAAAUAUACGAGUUGUUACUAUUGUUCA